AUGGAGGCAGGAGCAUACAUCAAUACCAAGGAUCAUGGAGGCUUCACGCCCCUCUUGAAUUCCUUAGCAGGAGGAUGCGACUUUUUGGCAGAGGAAUUCAUCCAGCAAGGUGCCGACAUCAAUGUCAAGACCUCGCAAGGAGAGAAUGCCUUGCAAGUUGCGUGCCAAAAAUGCAUGGCAGAUGCAGGGCAAUCCUUGCUCGAGAAAGGCAUUCAUGUGGACCAUAAGGACAAUCAAGGAAGGACCGCUCUUGAUUCGGCGGCAAAGUAUGGUUGCGUGCCCAUUGCGUUUGCUUUGCUUGACAAUCCGUUCACAAAUGUUAACGAAGUGGACGAUUCGGGCAAGACUGCCCUGUUCAUAGCCAUUGAAGGAAGCGGCCCCGAAUCACUUCUGAGGAUGUUGCUUGAGAAAGGUGCUGAUGUAAACCACCAGGACCAGAAUGGAGCCACGCCACUCAUUGUGGCAGCUCAAGUUGGGAAGGAUUGCCAGCUGCUGUUACAACAUGGCGCCGACGCUGCUGUCGUGGACAAAGCUGGCAACACAGCCUUGUGGCAUGCGGCCAGUGCAGGCUCCGCCAGGGCUGCAUCUUCGCUACUGGAGUUUGGCCACGCUGAUUUGGUGAACCAGAAAGGGGAAAAAGGCAAGACGCCCUUAGCUAUCGCAUGUUGGAACACACAUUCCGAAGUUGCACAAGUCUUGGUUGCGCAUGGUGCUGAUCCUGCCAUCAAGGACGACUACGGUCAGGAACCCUUGAGCUUGGCCACUCAAUUUACCAUGCAUUUGAACCCCGGGCAGAAUCCUGUCCGCACGCCACAAUCCAUCGGCACAGUGGACCAGUGGACAGGAAGACAAGAGAAACUCCUGGGAGUCUUGAAGGUCUUGGUCGAUGCGAAGGUCAACUUGAACAUCUAUGACUUCGAAGGCUUCACUCCCUUACUGAACUUGCUGAGGUUCCAGAAGAACCAGUGGGGAGUACCCUCGCAGGCCGAAGCCUUCAGCCGGGCAUCGCAAGCAAAUGCAAACUUCUUGGUGUGGUCCGGCGCGAAUCCCAACAUGGCGAGCAAGCAAGGCGCUAUCACCCCAUUGGCCUUUUGCGCUUACAACGGUUAUCCAAGUACGGCUGCUUUGCUUUUGCAAAAAGGGGCCAACCGAUAUGCCCGGAACCAGUGGGGCAAAACGCCAGCUGAGCUGUGUGGAGUCGGAGCAGGGCAAGUGGAAGUGAAACAACUCUUGCGUUGA